UGCAAGUGACAACAGCCGCCAGUUUUGGUUAAUCUGCCGUUGAGUGAGUAGUGUCGAAAUCGAUGCAUGCGAUUGAUGUGUCCGCCGGAGGUUCCUCGCCUGCCGCCGCUGCCCGCCCCUCCUCCUACGUGCCCUGCGUGACCUUUGCCCCCGGCCAGAAUGAGUCCCGAAUGGGUGAGCAGCGGAUCGGACCGCUCGUGGCCGAACUCACGGCCCAGCGGCGCCUCUUCUACGGCAUCGAGGUGACGGCCAGCAGACCGGACGGCCGACCCACGUGCCUCGACUUCAACUACUUCCUGCCGCUGCUGCCGACCUUCGUGAGCGUCGUCUGGCUGGGUCAGCGGUACUGGGACGUGGAGCCGGUGGGGCGGGUGGAGAGCCUCCAGUUGGCCCAGCACCUGGCCACCCGCAUUCCCGUGCUGCCCCACCUGUCCGCCUAUCGACUGGACGAGGAGCGACUCGACCAGUUCCUGGCCCUCAACUUCAGCAGUCUCCUGGCCGUUCGGGGGGAUCAGGUCCACGAGGGCCAGAGUUUCCGGAUUAGUCAGCCCGUGGUCGAGCAAUCACGGCGGCAGCGAGCUGAAAAAAUUUCAAUCUGCGUGCCUGGAUACCCGGAGGGAUACACUAGCUUGGGCGACAGUCCUCAGAAUUCCAGUAGGAACAUUGGGUUCUUGAAGGCAAAGAUUGAAGCUGGAGCAGAUUGCAUUAUUACCCAGAUAUGCUACCGGCCCGAGGUCAUAGUUCAGUUUGUGAAGGAUUGCCGGGCUGCUGGGAUCAGGGUUCCCAUUAUGGUGGGACUGUUGCCCCACGAAUCCCUCCGCACUUACUCUAUAAUGGAAAAAAUAACCGGUGCCCAGCUCCCAAUUGAGCUACGCGAGGAACUCGAUCAGCUGCAGAGUCCCCAAACGGAGGGUACUAAAUCCGACCAGGAUAUGGUUAGAAAGUUCUUCCAUCGCCUGACAGUGCAAAUCGUUCGUCAUAUUCUAGAUGCCGAUGUGGGCGUUUGGGGCUUUCACUUUUUCACACUUAACCGAUUUAAGUCUGUCAAAACUGUGCUGCAAGAACUUCAAGAGCUCCAUUUGCUACAGGAUCCUAAUUAAGAUUAUAAAUAAAUACCAAAUUAC